AUGUCAAGCCAAUUCUCUAGAAUAGUAAAACUUUUAUUAGAAGAAUCAUUAGAUGCUAUUUGUUCUGCAUCAGUUGUUUAUCUGGCGAUGGUUGAUAAUAUUUUGGAUGAAUAUGAAGAUGUUAGAUACUUAGCAGAGCGUGUAGUAAAAAAAGCAUUAAAAGAAAUAAAUAAUUCUAAUCGAAGAGAGAAAAUAGAAGAAAAUCUUGAAGCAUUAAAUUCAAAACUUGGUGCCCCUAUAUCAAAUAAGGAUGCAUCCCUUUAUGAUGCUCUCAAGAAAGGUAUAGAAAAAUAG